AUGUCUAAACAACAAAAACCCACUUCAAUUGAUGUUCUCCGAAAAAAUGCAUUCACAAUUUUGAAUAUGGAGAAGGAGAGGCAUAUCAGGAAUUCUGGCGGAUUUGUUGAUAAUUACAAGGAUAUUUAUCAUAAAUUGUUGAGUUUCAAGAGCACUUUUACAAUGCAUAAGCCAAGACUGUACCUUGCAAAAGUAGACAUAAAAUGCUGUUUUGAUUCAAUCAACCAGGAUCUACUUUUGAAUAUCUUGUCCAGAAUACUUAAAAGCGAAAAUUAUAAGCUGAUCAAAUAUACCAAAUAUAUUACAGUUUCUGAAAAGCGUCUCACAAAAUUCGAGAAAAAAGCGUAUCCAGCUGAGGAGAUUCCUCAGUUUCCUGAUAUUGCAAGUACUUUGGCUGAAUCUUCGAGAAAUGCAGUGUUCCUGGAUGGUGUUACUUAUCAAUCCAAAGAACGUCUAGAGGUAUUACAAUUUCUUGAAAAUCAUGUAAAGCAGAAUAUGAUAAGGGGGGGGGAUAUGUAUCAUCAGCAUGAGGGAAUACCUCAAGGAUCGCUCAUUUCCACUCUUUUAUGUAACUUCUUUUUCGAUGACCUUGAAGAAAGGAAAAUGAGUUUUUUUAGUGGAAAUGAUGGGUUGCUUUUGAGAUGGGUGGAUGAUUUCCUUUAUAUUACUACGAAAAAAAAUAAAGCAGUUCAGUUUUUAGACGUGAUGUGUAAAGGACAUCCGGAGUAUGGAUGCUUUAUCAACAAAGAAAAGACCCUGGCAAAUUUUGACUACGACCAAGUCAAUAAAAGUCAAGUGGAGAUUCCCUGGUGCGGACUAUUGAUACAUUCGAAAACAUUGAAUGUAAAAUGUGACUAUUCGAGUUACUUGCAUUCAGCCCUUCGUGAUCAAAUAACAAUAGAAUUUUCACAAAAUCAGUAUCACCGUCGUCGUUAUCACGUUAUCUUCCGUGUACGGGGAAUUCCGUCGCUGUAUUCAAAAGAUGAAGACAACAACAAAGGGGACGAAGAUAACGAUGAUAAUGGUAUUGAUGAUAGUUCGGACGAACGACAAAUUUGCGACUUCGUAUUAUUUUUAUAA